GCGAACGAUCCGAGGACGCGCGCGCGGCGUCGCGGCGGGCGCGUGUAAGCUCACGACCUCCGUCGUGGCGCCGAGCGUCCCGAUCGCUUUGCUCGACGUCGAGGAGGCGAUCGAGUUGGGCGCGGACGUCGUGGAGCUGCGGAUGGAUUUCUUGGAGCGACGCGGACGCGAGGCGACGGAGGCGUUGUUGCGAAAGUGCGAGAGACCCGCCAUCGUGACGAAUCGACCGAUAUGGGAGGGUGGAAGGAACGAUGGGGACGAAGAUGAGCGGUUAGAUUCGUUGUGGGAGGCGUACGAGCUCGGGGCGGCGUACGUGGAUUGCGAAUUGUUGGCGGCGGAGCGGUUCUUCGCUCGAGCGCCGGAUUCGUUCAAGAGCGGCGGGGACGGGAAGACGAAGAUUAUUCUGAGCUCGCACAACUACGAGGAGACGCCGAGCGACGUUGAGUUGGCGAAGAUUCACGCGGCGUGCGUCGCGGCGGGGGCGGACAUCGUCAAGAUAGCGUGCGUGUGCAAGGAGAUUGAGGACGUGGAGCGACUGGAGCGUUUGCUUCGCGAGCGCGGCGGGGAGAAGGAGACGAUCGCACUGGGGAUGAGCGAGCACGGACAGGUCUCGCGCUUGCUCGCGGCGAAAUUCGGGAGUUACUUGACCUUUGGCGCGAUUCGGCGAGGGGCCGAGAGCGCGCCGGGACAGCCCUUGCUCGGUGAACUGAGAGACAUGUACCGCGUACCGACGCAGACGUCGUCGACAAAGGUGAUGGGCGUGAUCGGAAACCCGAUUGGACACAGCAAAUCGCCGGCGUUGCACAACCCGUGCCUCGCCGCCGCGAACGUCGAUGCGUGCUACGUCCCGCUUUUGGUCAAGGACAUCAAGCAGUUUCUCGCGUCGCCGCUCUUUGGAUCUGAAGAUUUCGUGGGGUUCAGCGUCACGAUUCCGCACAAAGAAGCCGCGCUCGAGGCGUGCGCCGAGGUCGACCCGGUGGCGAAGCAAAUAGGCGCCGUGAACACGCUCGUUCGUCAGCCAGAUGGAAGCUUGAAGGGUUACAACACCGAUUACGCCGCGGCGAUCGACGCGAUCGAGGUCGCGAUGGAGAAAAAAACUGGGACGCCGGCGGCCAAGGCGCUCGAGGGAAAAACUGUCGUCGUCAUCGGUGCCGGCGGCGCGGGUAAGGCGCUGGCGUUCGGCGCCAAGUUCAAGGGCGCGAACGUCAUCAUCGCGAAUCGAAGCGUCGAGCGCGCGCAGGCACUCGCGGACGCGUGCGGCGGACGCGCGGUGUCGCUCGAGGACUUGGCGGAGGGACGAGCGUCGGGCGACGUCCUCGCAAACACCACCUCCGUGGGGAUGCAACCGUACAUCGCGGAAUCUCCCGCGCCCGCGAGCGUUCUCGGUGACUUCUCCGUCGUGUUCGACGCCGUGUACACGCCGCUGGACACCAGGCUUCUUCGCGAAGCCAAGGAGGCGGGUUGCGAAAUCGCGAGCGGGCUCGACAUGUUCGUUGGUCAAGCGGCGAGACAGUUUGAGCUCUUCACCGGUGAGACCGCGGACAUCUCGCUCAUGCGCGAGGCCGUGCUCUCGAGCAUGAAGUGA